AUGCCCCUCCGGCAGAGCCUCUUGAGUUUCUACCGGACGCAUACCUCAAAGAAUGAGUCUGAACCAUUCACCUCGUCCAAGACACGACCGACCUUGACUCGUGCAGCCAGCCCGUCGUCGUCAGACACAGACCCAGACACCAUCGUCGUGUCGACGUACUCGCAGUCACAGCUCCCUACGCCGUCAGAAAGUUCGCUUGACGUAUCUAUUGAAGAUGCUCGUGCAGUGAGCAUGAAGCAAGUGCCAAAGGGUCGGGCACGACGCGUCAGCAGGCGUCUUGCAAGGGACGAACGUCAAAAUGGACUGAUUGAAGAUAUGGAGGAUGAGAGCAUCAAGAAUAGAACUGUUAGUGGCGAGACUCUUGUCAACAUGGACAACACAAGUCAAUCAACCCUGGUGAAAGAGAGUAUUGCUGCUUUAGAUCUCGCGUGGAACAUGAGUGAGGUGUUUGCGAGAGAAAACAAGACUGGCUUAUUGGACGCAAAGGGUCAAAAAGCCUUGGACGACAGUGAUUUCGCGGAUACUACCCAAAAUGCCGAUGAGGACAUGGUCGACGAGGAAGAAAACAGGCUGCAAGAGGAGAAAGCGGCUGCGAAGAAAGCAAAGAUGGCAGCAAACAACAAACUGUGGGAGGAACGUCGCAAGACCGCAGAGAAACAUGCCACCAGAAGAUCAUCGCGGAUUCCAGGAUUUGACAAGGCAGGAGAAAUUGCGUCCAUGUUCGCAAACAGUGUUCUUGGAAAGAGAAAGGACCGAGGUUCGGAAGUGGAGAGUCGGUCAAGGAAGAGCAUGGGCAGCUUGGCUACAAGUUCAAUUCAAGAGCCGGAUAAGAAGAAGCGACGCGUCAGCGAGGGUGCUACACCAACAUUGGAAGAACCCAUUCAACCGAAAUCGCAGAGACGACGAGAAAAGAAAUGGCUGGCAUCGGGCCUAUACGCCGGUCAACCUAGAGUAUUUGAUGGCCGCCUCAACGAGAGCAAGAACAGACAGAAGAGUGCGCCUGUUCUGCCUUUCAAGGAGAACACGGUGUUGCCACUGCCCAUGUAUGCAGGGGAACGGUUGUUGAAGCAAGGGCGGGAUUUCAAAUUGCCUUUUGACAUCUUCUCCCCUCUUCCGGCCGGCCAACCGAAACCUGACGAGUGGAGGAAGGUCAACAAGAAUGUGUUUGUGGGAGAUGCCGCACAGUCCUGGCGAGUGUCGAAAUACGACGAAUAUUCCAGCUGCAUGUGCAAGCCCGAGACCGGGUGUGAUCACAACUGCAUGAACCGUUGCAUGUUCUAUGAAUGUGACGAACGCAACUGCGACCUCACAGCUGAGCAGUGUGGAAACCGCCAAUUCGAAGACCUUCGCCAGCGAGUGAAAAAGGGCGGCAAAUACAAUGUCGGCGUCGAAGUGAUCAAGACCGCGGACAGAGGAUACGGAGUUAGAAGCAACCGUACAUUCGAGCCGAACCAGAUCAUCGUUGAAUACACGGGAGAGAUCAUCACUCAGGAAGAGUGCGAGCGUAGGAUGAAGAGCAUGUACAAGAACAACGAGUGCUACUAUCUCAUGCUCUUCGACCAGAACAUGAUCAUCGACGCUACUCGCGGAUCAAUUGCACGCUUCGUCAACCAUUCCUGUGCUCCCAAUUGCCGCAUGGAAAAGUGGACCGUCAACGGUAAACCUCGCAUGGCUCUUUUCGCGGGAGAUAGGGGGAUCAUGACUGGAGAAGAACUAUCGUACGAUUACAACUUCGACCCGUACUCUCUGAAGAAUGUCCAAGUGUGCCACUGCGGCGCGGAAAAUUGCCGUGGCGUAUUGGGACCCCGACCAAAAGAGGAACGGAAACAGAAGAGUCCUGAAGAGGAGCCGAAGAAGCGCUCGGGCAAGUUGGCGGGAGCAAAGAGGAAGAUUGCAGAGGUGAUCGAGGAGGGCACCAUCCGUCUCACGAAAAAGGCCAAAGUGGCACCAAAAGCGAAGGUCUACCGGUCCAACAGCAAUUUCAACAGCCCGGUCACGGUUCGCAAGCUCAAGGUUUUGAAGAAGACCGUUCUUCACAAACAGAACACCAGUCCUUUGAAAGGCCUCGCUCGCCAGCCAUCGAAGCUCAAGAAGAUUGUCGCCAGUGCUAAGGUCAAGGCGGCAAAACAGCGAGUUGUGUCGACAACAUCUUCCACGGCCUUGAUCGACAAUGAUGAUAGGAAGCCAGGGGCGAAGCCGGUCAGCCGGUCAUCCAGUCUGCGAGAAAAGGCAUCGAGCGUCAAGAGCCGUAUGGUUCGAACGGUUCGAGGAGCGCAAAGUGGGAGAAGCCGAACCAUUCGACCUAUUAUGGACGAGAUGGACGAGAAGAACGAUUUGUGA